GCUGUCGUCACUCUUUGCCUGGAGGCUACCCUGUGUUGGUUAUGUUGUGUACUGAACUUUGUCUCAUUUAAUCAAACCAAUGACAAAAUAUCAACAGUUGAAGCAACACCUGUACAAAGAGGGUCGUCUUUUGGGACCCACUGCGACUGCGAUUACACCGACUCACCAUUAUCGGCAGCAGCAGCAACAGUAGCGGCUGCAGCAGCCGCAUACUCAGUGAUUAAUGCUGUAUGUAUUUAUUUCAAAACGAAUAAUACGAUUGAAAGCCGUCGUGCCUUGUUUGCUAUCUGUAGAAUAACUAUUGCUUGAAAAUGUAGCAGCACGGAGUAAAUAUUUUGUCCGCCCCUUUCCUUGCUAAUUUUAGCUAUGAGCCGUGCGUUUGCCUCAGUUUGGAAUGCUGCUCUUCCCACCGUGCUCGUUGUCGGUACACUCAUUCAUCAGAAUCGAACUGGACUGCAUCCUCACACUCAAUGGAGGGCCCACGUCAACUAUCACAUUAACAGGCACGCUGCGCACCUACACGCGCAGCGGGUGCGACGACCACACGGUGCAGCUGCACUGCCCGCCCGGCACCAGCAUCUCGGUGCAGCAAGCGCAGUACGGGCGCACGCCGCCGCACACGGCACUGUGCCACGGGCGGCAGCCGCAGCGCCAGCACGCCGACAACCAGCUGGACAACUCCACCAACUGUCUGUGGUCCGAGCAGCUGCAGUACUCGCUGUUGCAGACCGUGGUGGAGGCCUGCCAGAAGAAGCGGCUGUGCCAGUUCCAGACGUCGCCGCGGACCUUCGGCAACGACCCCUGCCCCGGCGUGCGCAAGUGGGUGGAGGUCGCCUACAAGUGCAGACCAUGUAAGUAG